GUUUUAUCGUUGAAACCCUAAUUUCAAAUCCGUGCUACACCACUGCCUUACACACACACACAUUGCUUCGGAAGCAACGAUCUGGUAAGAGGUCUGUCCUACUAAACCAAUGGCCGAUGUAAAGGAUCGGGGCUUGGAAGCCCUUGAGAAGCUAAAGUCGACGGAACCACCAGUUUUCCUAGCGCCAAGCUCGAUAUCGGAGGUGGCUCGUGUCGCAUCUCAGUAUAUCUUCGCCAGGUUGAAGCCUCACAACCCUAAAUCUCCUUUCGAGGAUCUCUUGGUUGAUGGUUUCGAUUCCGAGCAGAUUUGGCAGCAGAUUGAUAUGCAGUCUCAGCCUUUGUUGUCGAGCUUGCGACAUGAAGUUAAGCGGUUUGCUAAAAACCCUCCAGAGGUUCGUGAAAUCGGAAAUUUGGGCCUUGAGGCCUCUCAUGAGGGUGAUGUUAAUGAGAUGGAUAUGGAUGGGCUUGAUUCUGAUGAUAAUAAUGAUGAGGAUGAUGAGCUAGAAGCUAACGAAAACGAAGAAGAAGAAGAAGAGGAAGAGGAAGAGGAAGAAGCUGAGGAGGAAGAGGAAGAGAAUGAAGGAAUAGAGGACAAGUUCUUCAAGAUCAAAGAUUUGGAGGAUUUUUUAGAGGAAGGUGAAGCUCAAGAGUAUGACAUCGACUUCAAAAACAAGAAAGCUAUGUCAAAGGUGAAGGAGCAAAAUUUUAGCGAUGAUGAUGAUGCUGAUGAAGACGAAGAAGAUGAUGAUGAUGAAGAUGGAGAGUUCGGUGCUUUUGCUGGUGAAGACAACGAAGAGUCAGACAAACUGGGAAAGGCGAGGUAUAAUGAUUUCUUUGGUGGUAAAAAGAAGGAGACAAAAAUGAAGAUGAAACAUGUCACUGAAGAUGAGGAAGCUGGAAAUGGAAACCAAGGCGAUGAAAAACUCUCUACCCAUGAGAAAGAACUACUAAAGCUUCAAUCCAAGAUUGAUCAGAUGGAGAAAGCAAACUUAGAUCCUAAACACUGGACUAUGCAGGGAGAGGUAACUGCUACAAAGAGGCCAAAGAAUAGUGCUCUAGAAGUUGAUUUAGAUUUUGAGCACAAUGCCAGGCCUCCUCCUGUAAUCACAGAAGAGGUCACUGCCUCACUUGAGGAUAUGAUCAAGAGCCGAAUCAUUGAGGCUCGUUUUGAUGAUGUUCAACGAGCACCUAGCCUGCCCACUAAAUCCAAAAGAGAAGCCAAGGAAUUGGACGAUAAUAAAAGCAAGAAAGGUCUUGCCGAAGUUUACGAGGAAGAAUACGUUCAGAAGUCCAAUCCGUCUUUUGCUCCAGCAACUUUCUCUGAUGAACUGAAGAAAGAGGCAAGCAUGCUAUUCAAGAAACUAUGCCUGAAGUUGGAUGCUCUCUCCCACUUCCAUUUUACACCUAAACCAGUAAUAGAAGAAAUGUCAAUACAGACAAACGUCCCAGCCAUAGCAAUGGAAGAGGUUGCGCCAGUGGCAGUGUCAGAUGCAGCAAUGCUUGCUCCAGAGGAAAUAUUUUCGGGGACAGGCAAAAUAAAGGAUGAGUCUGAGCUUACGCAGGAAGAGAGAAAGAGGAGGAGAGCUAAGAAGAAGAGAAAGUUCAAAGCUGAAUCUGCAAAACAACCUGUUAAGAAGGCGCGUGAUACUACUACUAGUACAGAGAUGUCUAGAACCGGCAAUGAAUAACGGUUUACAGAAGCAGAAGAGUUCAGUCUAGAGCUAAUCUACCAACACAAGACCGCUUCGAGAUUGGAUAUCAACAACAGUUUUGCAUGUUAGAAAUAUUUAAAUUUUGUCUGUUUACUGCGACUGAUAAUUUUGUUCGGAUCGGUGAUUUGGCAUUUUUUUAUCCGACCAUAGUGAAAUUCGUGUGUUUAUUUGUUUUAGAUGUUUAAUAUUUAGUUAUUCGUUCA